AUGCCUCUCGUGUUGCAGGAAGCCGUCGAGGCCGAUGCCCCUCGCAUCGUUGAGGUCGAGCGUCUCGCUUAUGCCUCCAACCCCCUGAGCCCUAUCUUGUUCCCUGGCCCAUUCCCACCGGAAGCUGCAGCCCAGCGUGCGGAAGGAAUGAUCAAGCAGCUGCGUGAAGAUCCGACCGUCCGUUGGGUCAAGGCUGUGGACACCGAGACGGGUGAACUGGCGGCAUUUGCAAAGUGGGAGAUUAUCGAGAAGCCCAAAGUGCCGGUCCCAGGCCGAUCAUUCGGGCCGGGAUGUAACAUCGAGGCGUGCGAAGAGUACUUUGGUGGCAUUCACCGGAAGCGACGUGAGUUGAUGGGGGACAAAGCGCAUUGCUUACUUGACCUCCUCCAGACGGAUCCCAAGUAUCAAGGACGCGGAGCCGGCAGCAUGCUGAUCAGAUGGGGCCUGGAUAUUGCAGAUGCACUGGCCUUGCCUGCAUAUCUCGAGUCCUCCCCCGUUGCGCACCGGUUGUAUCAGAAAUUCGGCUUCCGGGACAUUGAUGAAUUGGUCCUCAGCCCCCAGUGGAACUACGGGUCGGCGAAUCCAAGUGUCUAUUUCAUGCUGAGGGAAGCACAAGGACAGAGACAGUCGAAUGAAUAA